AUGCUCAAACGUCUCCAGGCCUAUCCAUACCGCUGUAGUUACUCAGCAGUAUUUGCACGUCAUUCCUUGCAAGUCACCCAAAUGCUAGAAAACGUUCAGGUCCUCGUCGACGUCGAUUCGACUCCAAGGUUCGCGCCUUCCAAGACUACUGUGGCAGACAUCCUCACGCCUGAUGCACUGUCAUUUGUGGUGCUUCUGCACCGCACUUUCGACGAGCGUCGUCGUCAGCUCCUGCGCAAUCGCCAGGAAAUCCAAACCAAGCUGGACUCCGGCGCCUACAAGUUCGACUUUCUGAGCGAGACACGCAAUAUCCGCGAGAAUCCAGCCUGGCAGGGCGCGGUGCCCGCGCCCGGCCUGGCCGAGCGUCACUCCGAGAUCACGGGUCCUCCAUUACGUAACAUGUUGGUCAACGCGCUCAACGCUCCCGUGUCCACUUACAUGACCGACUUCGAAGACUCCGCCGCGCCUACCUGGGACAACUGCGUCUACGGACAGGUGAACCUCUACGACGCUAUUCGCGACCAAGUGGCUUUCAAGACGCCUAGAAAGGAGUACACGCUCCGCGACUCGUUUGCGUCGCUUCCCACGGUGCUGGUGAGGCCACGUGGAUGGCACAUGGAGGAGAAGCACGUCAUCGUGGAUGGGCGCCCCAUCUCCGCGUCGCUGUUCGACUUCGGGCUCUACUUCUUCCACAAUGCGCACAAGCUGGUCGAGAUAGGCAAGGGUCCUUACUUCUACCUGCCCAAGAUGGAGCACCACCUCGAGGCGCGGCUGUGGAACGACGUUUUCAACGUCGCCCAGGAUUACAUCGGGAUGUCGCGUGGAACGGUGCGCGCAACAGUGUUGAUCGAGACACUGCCUGCCGCUUUCCAGAUGGAAGAGAUCAUCUUCGAGCUGCGCGCGCACUCUGCAGGUCUGAACUGCGGUCGCUGGGACUACAUUUUCAGCGUGAUCAAGCGCCUCCGCAACGACCCCGCUCACGUUCUGCCCGACCGUGACCACGUGACCAUGACCGCGCCCUUCAUGGACGCCUAUGUACGCCGCUUAAUCGAGAUCUGCCACCGCCGUGGCGUGCACGCCAUGGGCGGUAUGGCUGCCCAAAUCCCAAUCAAGAACGACACCGCGGCCAACGACGCUGCAAUGGCAAAGGUCCGCGCCGACAAGGAGCGCGAGCUGGCCAAGGGCCACGACGGUUCCUGGGUUGCCCACCCCGCUCUCUCUGCGAUCUGCAACGAAGUGUUCGACAAGAUGGGCACUGCCAACCAAAUUCACAGUAUCCCUGCCGCGAACGUCGCCGCCAGUGAUCUUCUCAACACACGCAUUCCAAACGGCGCUGUCACAACGGCAGGCAUUAGACAGAACCUGUCUAUCGGGUUGCAAUAUAUGGAGGCGUGGUUGCGUGGCUCCGGCUGUGUGCCAAUCAACAACCUGAUGGAGGAUGCUGCAACCGCGGAGGUCUCGCGUUGUCAGCUGUACCAAUGGGUCAAACACGGCGUCAAAUUGCAGGACACUGGCGAGGUCGUUACUGCGGACCUCACACAGCGCAUUCUGGAGGAACAGGUCGCUGAGCUCUCUAAAAAGAGCCCUGUUGGCGACGCUAACAAGUUCGCGCUAGCCGCGAAGUACUUCCUGCCUGAAAUCAGAGGCGAGAAGUUCAGCGAAUUUUUGACCACUUUGCUGUACGACGAAAUUGUCACUGCUAAAACUUCUCGGUUGUAG